GGAGGUUAGUGGACCCACCGAGGCGACUUUUUCUGAGGCUUUUUUCAACGCUGUGAUCCAGACUGAGGACGAAAAUGUGAGGUGAGCUCAGCGUGGAGCUCCACAUCUGUCUGAGGGGGACGGCAGCAUCCAGAGGACACCAAAUCUGGCUGUCCACACGGCCAUGUGAGGAGGGACGAUGGAAGGCCAAAAUCCAAAAUGCUGUCCAAUCCAGAGGACUGAAGGAGACAGAGGGAAUCAUACAGACUUCUUUGAUCCAGUGUUUAUGGAUUUAAGCGCUCUGACGUGGUGUGCAGCUGCAGAGGGGAGACUGUCACAUGUGUAAAGCUGAAUGAGGAAACAGGAGUUGCACGCUGUUUGGAUCACGUUGCUGACAAAGAGUAGGCGUGCUCAAUCUGUUCAUAUGACACAGGACUAACGGAGUCAAAUGACAGCAUUGGACGGAGUGACCACAGACGCAGCUAUGUAAGAGGACACCCCUCCAGUGUGCAGGUCUUGACAAUCAACUCUGCUGUGAUUCAUGCCACAUACGUGUGCUGUCAGGGGGAACGUGUGGAUCCUCAGCAGCAGCCACAGCAGCAGAUGAUGUAUACCUGAGAGUUCUCUCUGCAUCUGGUCCACGCCUACAGGACGACACACAGCGCUCCACUUUUUAAUUCAAGGAGAGGACAGGAAGCAAAAGCUCUGAAUGUUCACCAUGCCUCGCAACCGAGCCUUUUCUGAGCCAGAGUACUCGGCGGAGUAUUCGGCGGACUGCUCGGUAACGCUGCCCUCUGAUCCUGGGCAUGCGGUUGGGCGAACACAUGAGGUGACGGUCCGGAGCUCAGGGUGCUGCCUGUGCCUGCCGCGGUUCAUGCGCCUCACCUUUGCACCCGAGUCUCUGGAGAACCUCUACCAGACCUACUUCAGACGGCAGAGACACGAAACCCUGCUGGUGCUGGUCGUGUUCGCCGCCCUCUUCGACAGCUACAUCAUAGUCAUGUGUGCGGUGGUCUACACCACCGACAAGCUGGCUUCUGUUUUGGUGGCGUCAGUGGGACUAGCUGCAGAUAUUAUCCUUUACCUGCUAUGCCGCUUCGGGCUGCUACCAGACCGCGUAUCCAGACGGGUGGUGCCCUACGCCCUGUGGGUGCUCAUAGCAGCUCAGAUAUUCUGCUACCUGGGUCUGAACUAUGCUCGCUUCCACCAGGCCAGCGACACGGUGGGCUGGCAGGCUUUCUUCAGCUUCUCUUUUUUCCUGACGCUGCCUUUGAGGCUGACGCCCAUCGUGCUCAUCACUGCUGUGUCCUGCGGGGUCCACACCCUUGUUCUGGGCGUCACUAUUGCCCAGCAGCAGCAGGAGGACAUCCAGGGGGCAGCACUCGGCAGACAGCUUCUUGCCAACAUAGUGAUCUAUGUGUGUGCCAUCACUGUGGGCGUCAUGUCAUACUACAUGGCUGACCGGAAGCACCGGAAGGCCUUUCUGGAGGCGAGACAAUCUCUGGAGGUCAAACUCAACCUGGAGGAGCAAAGCCAGCAACAGGAGCGUCUCCUACUCUCCAUCCUUCCAAAGCACAUUGCUGAUGAGAUGCUUCAGGACAUGAAGAAGGAGCCCAGUCAGAAAGAGAUGCAGCAGUUCAACACCAUGUACAUGUACAGACAUGAGAACGUCAGUAUUUUGUUUGCAGACAUUGUGGGCUUCACUCAGCUGUCGUCGUCCUGCAGCGCUCAGGAGCUCGUCAAACUGCUCAAUGAGCUGUUCGCUCGCUUUGACAAACUGGCGGCAAAAUAUCACCAGCUGAGGAUUAAGAUCCUGGGAGACUGCUACUAUUGUAUCUGUGGGCUGCCGGACUACAGGGACGACCACGCUGCGUGCUCCAUCAUGAUGGGUCUGGCCAUGGUUGAGGCCAUCUCGUACGUCCGAGAGAAAACCCAGACGGAUGUUGACAUGCGUGUUGGAGUGCACAGUGGUACAGUGCUGGGGGGUGUGCUGGGCCAGAAGCGCUGGCAGUACGAUGUCUGGUCCACUGAUGUCACUGUUGCCAACAAAAUGGAGGCUGGAGGGAUACCAGGUCGCGUCCACAUCUCACAGAGCACCAUGGAGUGUCUUCAUGGAGAGUUUGACGUGGAGCCGGGAAACGGAGGGGAGCGCUGCGACUACCUGAGGGAGAGAGGCAUCGACACCUACCUGGUGGUUGUUCCUAAAGGACCUGUGGGGAAGAAUGGCAUCAAUGGUGUCAAGCUGUCUGUCACCUCCUCCAAUGGAAACUCCCCGCUGCUGAUCAACACCACAGAGUGUAACGGCAGUGUUAACACAGCCUGCACCACACCAGAGGAACCAGAGGAGCUGGACACCAGGGUGGUGAAUCCUUCUUUUCCAAACCCUCGGCGAAGACUGCGGUUGCGGGACCUGGCUGAAAGAGUGAUCGAUGCUCAGGAGAACGAACAGGAGCUCAACAAACUGCUCAACGAGGCUCUGCUGGAGAGAGAGACGGUCCAAGCUCUAAAGGGGAAGCACACAAACAGGCUCUCCCUGAGGUUUGUGGAUCCAGAGCUGGAGACUCGUUACUCCGUGGAGAAGGAGAAGCAGAGCGGAGCGGCCUUCUGCUGUUCUUGUGUGGUCCUCCUCUUCACUGCAGCCAUGGAGGCUCUCAUAGACCCCUGGCUGAUUGCCAACUACAUCACCUUUGCAGUGGGAGAGGUCCUCCUGCUCGUCCUGACAAUCUGCUCCCUGGCCGCCAUCUUCCCCAGAGUCUUUCCCAAGAAGUUGGUGUCUUUCUCCACCUGGAUCGACCACACCCGCUGGGCUCGAAACACCUGGGCCAUGGCAGCCAUCUUCAUCCUCACCAUGGCCGACAUCAUGGACAUGCUGAGUUGUCUGCCUCGAGUCCCAGACCCAAGCAGCUCCACAGUGGCUCCCUCCUCUCCCUCCUCCUCCUCCUCCUCUUCCUCCCCCUGGUCCAACACUGACGGUUGCCUGGACAACCCCAAAUAUUACAGCUACAUCGCUGUGCUGGCACUGAUGGCUACGACCAUGCUGGUUCAGGUCAGUCACAUGGUCAAGCUCACACUGAUGCUGCUCAUUACAGUGGCCACCGGCAUCGUCAACAUCUACAGCUGGAGGGACAUCUUCGACCGCUACGACAUGAACCGCUUCCAGGACUACAGGUCAUACCUGGUGCCCUCCAAGUUCACAAUGACAAUUAUGAUCUUCAUAAUGAUGGUCAGCUUCUAUUAUUUCUCCCGACAUGUGGAGAAGCUCGCCCGCACCCUGUUCCUGUGGAAGAUUGAGGUCCAUGAGCAGAAGGAGAAAGUGUACGAGAUGAGGCGCUGGAAUGAAGCACUGGUGACCAACAUGCUGCCGGAACAUGUUGCUCGACACUUCCUGGGCUCCAAGAAAAGGGAUGAGGAGCUGUACAGCCAGUCCUACGAUGAGAUUGGAGUCAUGUUUGCCUCAAUUCCCAACUUCUCCGACUUCUACACAGAGGAGAGCAUCAACAACGGAGGGAUCGAAUGCUUACGCUUCCUCAACGAGAUCAUCUCUGACUUUGACAGUCUGCUGGACGAGCCUCAGUUCCGCUGCAUCACAAAAAUCAAGACCAUCGGCAGCACCUACAUGGCAGCUUCAGGCGUCACCCCAGACGUCAGCAAUGGCUACACCUGCAUGAAGAAGGAAGAGCAGUCUGACAGAGAGCGCUGGCAGCACCUGGCAGACCUGGCAGACUUUGCUCUGGCCAUGAAGGUCACUCUCAUGAACAUCAACUACCAGUCAUUCAACAACUUCAUGCUACGAAUUGGGCUGAAUAAGGGUGGAGUGUUAGCAGGGGUGAUCGGUGCCAGGAAACCCCACUACGACAUCUGGGGCAACACUGUGAACGUGGCCAGUCGCAUGGAGUCCACAGGAGUCAUGGGAAACAUCCAGGUGGUGGAGGACUGCUACAACAUCCUGAAGGAGUAUGGCUUCCGCUUUGUGAGGAGGGGCCCUAUCUUUGUGAAGGGGAAAGGAGAACUGCUCACUUAUUUUCUAAAGGGAAGAGACAAACAAGGCUCAUUUAUCAACGGCUCCUCUGUCACUCUGCCACACCAGGUGGUGGACAGCUAAGGACUACACACACAUACACACAAACAUACCCCAGCAAUCCCAUCCAGUGUGUGAUGCCUACAGAGCGAGGCAGAAGAGUUUUUGGAGAAGUCAUAUGCCUGAAAACACACUGAAACCAAGACUUCACUGAAUGUUUACAAGUAAAAAAUGAAAUACCACUGACACACUUCAUACACACCACUUAUUACUGAAUACACACACACACACACACACACACACAUACACAGAUGUCAGCUGUCUGUGGAAAGAUGUGUGCCAGGAGAGAUUAUAUUUACAUUUGAAUGUCAUUUUCAAGCUGAAGCACAGAACUCAGAGCUUAAGGAGGUGGAUCAAUUAACAGAAGAGAUAAGAACCUGAGUGCAUCACAAUAAAAGGCAGGAAGAGCAGGCAUCCAUAUACACACUAAGAUACAAACAUUACAAAAAAAAUCAAGUGGCCACAUUAAGACAAGUGUAUACAGGCUGGCAGCAGAAAAGUCCUAAUGUGAUGGAGGUGAAUGGUAUUCCAUCAGUAACUGGAGUGUGAAGUAAGCUGCAGGUGUGUUCAGUCUAUUCACACUCUCCUGUUACAAAACCAAAGUGAUGUGUAACAGCUUCAACAACAUUCUCCAACUUCUGAUGCACUAAAUCAAACAGGAUCAAUCUGUUUUAGCAGCUACUUCAAACUUCAGGGGCUUUCACAAAACCCCACAGUAACUGCCUCAACAACUGCCUCUCUGCAGGAGCGUUUCCCCAAAAAAGCUACAUUUUUAAAAGUGUCUGCUGCUGCCACAGUCUGCGGCUGCAAUGACAGGCAGGUGCUCGUAGUUGCAUACUGUAAGCAAGACAACAAAAUCACUUAAAUUAACAAAGAUUUCCACAUAUUUGGACAAUUUAGCAGUCAGGUUUGGUGGGAAUGUUAGCCUUGUAAAACCAUCCUGAUGAGGUGAGAUCAGUUUUGUGUUUCUUUCCGUCGUUCAGUCUGGACUCCCUGCCACCCUUUCAGGGUGCAGGAGUUACUCACUUAGAUAGAGAAACUCCUUCAGCCAAUCCUGUUGUUAGCACUAGCCUCUACAACACAAAUACAUUGUCAACUUGACAGUAACAGUAGAUCUAAAACAUACAAUUUAUAUAUAUUUUACCAUUUGUAUGUGACAUGUUUCUCAUUAACAACAAUCCUCAUUAAUAUUUCACGAUACACUGGUGUUGCCAACAUAUUUUGGCAUUUCUCCUUCAGCAGCCAGCUGCCUCUGGGCUGCUGAAUAUCAGCUGGCAGCAUCCUUGUUGUCUGUCUGAAGCAUGUGAACACUGAUCUGCAUGGCCGUGAUCUUCAGCUUUGCAGCCUCUCAUAUCUGCUCCUCCAUCAGCCAGUCACAGGCCAAACAGCAAUGAACAUUGGAUUUGUACUGGGGAACAUCUCCUUUAUCACCAACAGAGCCAGAUUAUAAAUCAAGCUUUUGCCAAUUCCAGUCACAAGAGCAGUGAAAAAGUAUUUUUCUUCAAAAACUCUGAGCGCAGUUUAAUUGUUGUGAUCAACUCUAUUACUGAGUUACCUUCACUUAUGGCUGUGUUUACUCUGCUAAUAUUAGACUUAGUGCUUGUUGCUUCAGGAGCUGCAAUUUCUGUUCACCAAGCAGCAGCCUGCAUGUCACGUCAUUAACUACAAAGCAGUCCCUGAUUGACUGCUUAUGUUUCCAACUAUGGUGUGGACAGGAUUGUAUCUUCUGGAAAGAGUUUGGGGCGGCAGAGAGUCCAGACUGAUACAGAGAAACAGAAUGUUGAGCUCAUGUCACCAGACACCAACACUAUCAGCUGCUUUGUCUAGUUUUCUGUCUGCUUCCGUGAUGUAUUUGAUCGGCCAAAUGUAGGUGGAAACAGCCUGAAGUCCAAAAUGGUAAUUGCCUUGCUCCAAACUGAUAUCCCUGUGUUGCCUUCCUCUUACUGAAAUGACUGAAGGCAGUCAGUCACCAUGUGGUGAUUUGAAAGCAUCUUUAGGGCUGUUGUGGUUAUAUGGCACCUUAACUAUUCAGCUAUCAAACCCUCAUUAAAUUCAGUUUCUGUCAUAUUUCAACCUGCUGCAUGACAGAUUGAGGUUUUGGAGUUACUCAAAUGAAAAUUGAGUUUUGAAUUUGAGCUUUUAGCAUGAGGAUGACUAUUCAAAUUAAUGUCAUUGUAUUUAAAUACAGUGAUGGGCUGUAUCUCUUUCCAUAAACAUCUCUCGGACAGAAACACACACACACACACACACACACACACAUAUGCACACAGAAUCACGGCCUUUCUGCAUACACAGCAGUUGUGAUGCCAUGUCCUCAGCACAUUAACACGAUGUGGCUUUUGGACGCCUGACCUGAAUUCUGGACCGUUCUACUUUUACAAAAUACUUCCAUGUAGGGAAAGCUGACAGACUGAUCUGAGCUCAGAUUUCCCGCUCUGAUGAAGAAGAGGAUUUGGAAUUGGACCGAUGAGAGGCCAGAGAGUGACGAUACAGACUGAUCUGCCACCUGCUGCUGCCAACGUGUGCUCGUGGGUGUGUAUUAUAGUGUGUGCACAUAGUGUAUUUUUCCACAGUCAAAGUAUUCUUUCUCCUUGAUUCUGAUCUGGGAACAGGUCCGACGUGUAGGUAGUUCGUGCCUCGGAGCUGUGUGAACAUGAAGGAGAACACACGUGUGUUCUGCGUGUUUUGGGGGAGGGACAGGUGACGGUGUGCGGAGGAGCACACAUGGAAGAAAUAUUUUAUAAAUGAUUGUGGAUUGAUGGAAGUGCCUAUCACCACUGUGAUCAUCAUGUUUUAUUAAGUUGAAGUAUUCCAGGACCCUCUGUAGGCAGGGGACAUUCUUUGAGCCCUUUCACAAAGCUGUCAAAGUACCAUUCUAGUUUCUUUCAGCUUGCUCUGGUCAUAAAUUUUAUCAGUUAUAAUAACAUUAUAAGCUGAGAUCUGGAAACACGGUGACAUCACCAAAAAUACGUCUGUUAAAAAAAAGGGGCCAUAUUCACAAAGUUUCCUAGUACAAGAGUUGCCCCUGAUGGCAAAAUUCCAAGAAAAGUCUUCAAGAUAAAAGUUUUUCACAAAGCAUCAUAGUCUGUAAGAAGGUGAAAAACUGUUAGGAGUAGGGAGGAGGACUCUUAAGAGGUUUAAGAGUUUCUGAAGCAGAGGAGAAAAUGGUAAAAAGACAAAGAGGAAGGAGAAAUAUUCUCCAAAUACUUAAUUACAGUCAGAACACUGCAGAUUAGAUGGUGCAGGGAUAAUGUUUUUGGUCAAUUUUAUUUGAGUUGUCCUCAUAUCUCCCACCCAACACAGUACUGACAAAAUGACAACUGGAAAAAUACGAAAGUGCAGCAGAGUGAUAACUCAUGCAAAGCUUUCAGUCUCAAAAUGUGAUACAUUUAAUUUUAUUUCCACUGGGUGUCCAUACCUCGCAGGCUCUCAAAACGACAUGUCUGUGACAACAAAUCACAUCUGUUAAAAGAAUGCAUCAUACCAAGCAACAGGGUCAACCACACGUUCUCACUAAAGGCUCAUUCCCACUGCACACAAAAACCUGCUAACACCGGCUAACAUCUGGCUUUAUAAUGCAAUGAGAAUGUGUACGAUUGGCAUUCACACUCAGGUAAAAUGACUCUGCAGUAGACAUGGGUUUUUAUAACCUCCGGCUCCAAUCGGGCUGUCCUUAGUAAACAUCCAUCACGGUUAAAUGGUACAUGGACUGUGCUUUUCUAGUCUUACUGACCACUCAAAGCGUUUUAACACUACAUGUCACAUUCAUCUAUUCACACACACAUU